UUGUGUAGUUAGGCGGACUCACACACUUCCGUGUGUUUGUGUUUUUGUGCGUGUGCGUGCGUGUGAGUGCGCGUGUCAGUAGCAGUAGAUCGCAGCUGCUCGGGGAACAUGGCUCCUAAACACCCUCUGCUCGGUACACUGAAAGUGUGUGUUCUGAACCUUCAGUCUGAUGGAGCCUCGGUGACCGACACCAACCCUCAUCUCUCCUCCUGCUGUGAGCUGCUGGAGCUGGUGCUCAGGAAGGGGCUCCAACAACCAGUUCUCAGUCUGGUGAACAGAGAUUACUGGCACUGUUUUGAGCAGCUGCCACACCAUGACACCUGUACCAGACUCUCAGCUCUGUCCUUGGCCGUGGAGCAGACCAGAGGUUGUAAGAAGCUGCUGUCGGCCCAGGGUCGAGGUCGAUACCUGCUGAGACUGGCCCUGAGCCGCGGGGCGCUGCCACAGUUCAUCAAACACCUGCUGCACACGCCCAGAGUCCUGGAGUGGUACUGCCCGAACUCAUCAAUCCUCAGAAACGAGGAGUUUGUGGAACCUUUCAUGUCGCUGCUGCUUGUCCUGUCACAGAUGGAGUUUCAAAUGGACAUGGAGAACUGCAGUUUUUUAGAUGAGAGCUGGCUGCUACCGGUGUGUGACGUGUACGAGGUGGUGCCCUGUCGGGAGGUCGGCGUGGUUCUAAGGUAUCUUAGUGGUCGGGUCUUUGUCCUGGAGCUGAUGCCUGGCAGUCAGGCCUAUGCCGAUAAGUUUGUGCUCCCAGGAGACAUUAUUGAUGAAAUCAACGGGACGUCGCUGAGGAAUUCAAAAUGUGGACAAGCAGGUGUGGUUCUUUCACGGCUCAAGGGCUGCCCACUCUACAUCCGUAUCCUACGAUGGCGAGCCCACGAUGGAACCAUGUACCGGCCCAUUGUCAAACACCUGCGCGCCCUGAGGACAGAAAACCCCACGCUGCAGCUGACCCCUCUUCCCUCUCCACAGUCUGGCCCUCAGGACCUGAAACCAUCUACGUCACAGUGCCUUAAAGAAGGAAGGAUUGUAUAUAUUGUGCAAUAUUUGGGAAAGGCCAACAUUGGAAUGUUUGGAGGGAAGGAGGUGUUGCACCAGGCAAUCACACUGGUGCUGCAAAAGAACUUGCCAAGCAAGGAAGCGCUCUUGGAUUUGAAGGAAACACACGUGACGUGCACAGACAAACACAGCAAAGUGGAACUGCUGGAGCAUCACUAUCCAGAGAUCUCCUGUGUGGGAAGAUACAGUCAACCAGACUACACCAUAUUUGCCUUCUGUGUGGGAGACUGCCCAGAAACUCCUCAGUCAUCAGGCUUCAGCUGUGUCGGUUUCCACGCCAGCAACCUGAGAGAGUGUGAAGCCAUCGUCUGCCGUAUCGGUGAGAUUACAUUUCCCACUGUUUUUUUGUCGUCUUAUCUUCAAAUACACAUUUUAUGUUUUUGUUUCUUACAGCUACAGGUUUCAAGCACACAGAGUGGUUUGUAUAACAAAGCUGCUUCAUGACCAUUGUAAUAAAUGUAAAUAAGACAACACACUGCCUCGCACCAUAGUCAGUCACAGUACACAGAUCUUGCUACUCAUAAAGACCUUUAAUAGAAAGACAUGUGACAACAUUUCAUAAAUAGUAUUAAAUGUAGCUGCCAAGAUUUUAUGUUGGAAAAUGCAUAAAAAGCAGUCCAGAAAAAUACAGAGGGGUCUGUCGUGCCCCUGGUCACACGGCGCAGAACGUCAUCUGGUCGUUAAACUCAGCAACACUGCAGUGGGAACCAGUGAGCAGGACAUGCUGGCAUUUUGUUGGA